AUGCUCAUUUCUUUUCCAGCCUCUCUACAAGUGGACAUUGUUCCAAGCCAGGGAGAGAUCAGCGUUGGAGAAUCCAAGUUCUUCUUAUGUCAGGUGGCAGGGGAGGCCAAAUACAAAGACAUUUCCUGGUUUUCCCCUAACGGUGAGAAGCUGACGCCGAACCAACAGCGCAUCUCAGUGGUGCGAAAUGAUGACUUCUCCUCCACCCUCACCAUCUACAACGCCAACAUUGAUGAUGCUGGCAUCUAUAAAUGUGUUGUCAGUAGCGUGGAGGAGGGAGACUCCGAGGCCACCGUCAAUGUGAAAAUUUUCCAAAAGCUGAUGUUCAAGAAUGCUCCCACUCCUCAGGAAUUCAAAGAAGGGGAUGAUGCUGUGAUUGUGUGUGAUGUGGUCAGCUCACUGCCUCCUACCAUCAUCUGGAAGCACAAAGGCAGGGAUGUUAUCCUAAAAAAAGAUGUUCGAUUUAUAGUCCUGUCCAACAACUACCUGCAGAUCCGGGGGAUCAAGAAAACAGAUGAAGGGACAUACCGCUGUGAGGGCCGGAUCUUGGCUCGUGGGGAGAUCAACUUCAAAGAUAUUCAGGUCAUCGUAAAUGUACCUCCUUCUGUGCGUGCCAGGCAGAGCACUAUGAAUGCCACUGCCAACCUCAGCCAGUCUGUCACCUUAGCAUGUGAUGCUGAUGGCUUUCCUGAGCCAACCGUAACGUGGACAAAGGAUGGCGAGCCAAUAGAGCAGGCUGAUGAUGAAGAGAAAUACAGUUUUAACUACGACGGGUCCGAGCUUAUCAUCAAGAAGGUGGAUAAGAACGACGAAGCAGAAUACAUCUGCAUUGCUGAGAACAAGGCUGGCGAGCAGGAUGCCACCAUUCAUCUCAAAGUCUUUGCAAAACCCAAAAUCACCUAUGUGGAGAAUAAAACAGCCAUGGAGCUGGAGGAUCAGAUUACACUGACCUGUGAGGCAUCUGGGGACCCAAUCCCUUCCAUCACUUGGAGAACUUCCACCCGGAACAUCAGCAAUGAAGACAAGACCCUGGAUGGGCGCAUCAUAGUACGUAGCCAUGCCCGGGUGUCGUCCCUGACUCUCAAAGAAAUUCAGUACACAGAUGCCGGAGAAUAUGUAUGCAUAGCCAGCAACACCAUCGGGCAGGACUCCCAAGCCAUGUACCUUGAAGUGCAGUAUGCCCCCAAGCUUCAGGGCCCUGUGGCUGUCUAUACCUGGGAAGGUAAUCAAGUGAACAUCACCUGUGAGGUAUUUGCUUACCCCAGUGCUGUCAUCUCCUGGUUUCGGGAUGGACAGCUGCUUCCCAGCUCCAACUACAGCAACAUCAAGAUCUACAACACUCCAUCAGCAAGCUACCUGGAGGUGACACCAGACUCUGAAAAUGACUUUGGGAACUAUAACUGCACUGCUGUGAACCGCAUUGGCCAGGAGUCCUCAGAGUUCAUUCUUGUGCAGGCAGAUACUCCGUCCUCUCCUUCCAUUGACAGAGUGGAGCCCUAUUCCAGUACUGCCCAGGUGGAGUUCGAUGAGCCUGAAGCUACCGGCGGGGUGCCCAUCCUCAAGUACAAAGCAGAAUGGAGGGCACUGGGCGAGGGAGAAUGGCAUUCGAGGUUGUAUGAUGCAAAAGAAGCAAGUGUGGAGGGCAUGAUCACUAUCACCGGCCUGAAACCUGAAACAACCUACUCUGUGAGACUGUCUGCGGUCAAUGGCAAGGGUGUGGGUGAGAUUAGCCUGCCAUCCGACUUCAAGACACAACCAGUUCGGGAACCUAGCGCACCCAAACUGGAAGGUCAGAUGGGAGAAGAUGGAAACUCCAUUAAAGUGAACGUUAUCAAGCAGGAUGAUGGUGGCUCCCCAAUUAGACAUUAUCUGAUCAAAUACAAAGCUAAGCAUUCCUCAGAGUGGAAACCAGAGAUCAGACUUCCAUCUGGCAGUGACCACAUCAUGCUCAAGGCCCUGGACUGGAAUGCGGAGUAUGAGGUUUAUGUGAUAGCUGAAAACCAGCAAGGGAAGUCCAAACCAGCUCACUAUGCUUUCCGAACUUCUGCUCAGCCUACUGUCAUCCCAGCCAGCACUAGCCCCACAUCAGGCCUUGGGACUGCUGCCAUCGUAGGCAUUCUCAUUGUCGUCUUUGUGCUGCUCCUGGUGGCUGUGGAUGUCACCUGCUACUUCCUGAACAAGUGUGGCCUCCUGAUGUGCAUUGCUGUCAACUUGUGUGGCAAAUCCGGACCAGGAGCCAAGGGCAAAGACAUGGAAGAGGGCAAAGCCGCCUUCUCGAAAGAUGAGUCCAAGGAGCCUAUUGUGGAGGUGCGGACUGAAGAGGAGCGGACCCCCAACCACGAUGGGGGAAAACACACAGAGCCCAAUGAGACUACCCCGCUGACGGAGCCAGAGCCCCCCGCCGAUACCGCAGCUACUGUUGAGGACAUGCUGCCUUCUGUAACUACAGGCACCACUAACUCUGACACUAUCACUGAAACCUUUGCCACUGCUCAGAACAGCCCCACCAGCGAGACCACUACGCUGACCUCCAGUAUUGCCCUGCCAGCCACGGCCACGCCUGACUCAAACUCCAUUUUGCCUGGCCAGGCUACUCCAGCCAAAGGGGCAGCCACCUCAGUCUCUUCACCACCACCCUCCUCCACUCCCAAAGUGGCCCCCCUUGUUGAUCUCAGCGAUACCCCAAGCUCUACUCCAGCUACUAAUAAUCUGUCUUCAAGCGUCCUGUCCAACCAAGGUGCAGUGCUCAGCCCCAGCACUGUUGCUAACGUGGCCGAGACCUCCAAAGUGGCAGGGGGGAACAAGCCAGCUGCCCCAAGCCCUGCAAACCUCACUAGCCCUCCAGCUCCAUCCGAGCCCAAGCAGGAGGUCUCAAGCACCAAGAGCCCUGAAAAGGAAGCUGUGCAGCCCAGUACAGUGAAGAGCCCAGCAGAGACAACCAAGAACCCAAGCAAUCUGAAGAGCGAGGCUGCUUCAGGCAGCACUGUAACCCCCUCCCAGAAUGAGGACUUUAAAAUGGACGAAGGGACCUUCGAGACACCAGACAUUGAUCUUGCAAAGGAUGUUUUUGCAGCUCUUGGCACUACGACUCCUGCCAGUGUGGCUAGCGGGCAAGCUCGUGAGCUUGCUUCUUCCACUGCAGACAGCUCUGUACCUGCUGCACCUGCAAAGACCGAGAAAAUCCCAGUAGAAGACAAAUCUGAAGUGCAAGCAACGGAAUCUAAGACACCUCCAGCAGAAGUCAAGACGGUCCCCAAUGAAGCCACACAAACAAAUGAAAAUGAGAGCAAAGCAUGAUCAGCGACAGAUGAGAACAAAUGACAGAACAACUUCACCCAAG